UGCCUUAUCUUCUUUGUUACUUAACCCCAACACUCACUAGUUAAAACCCUUAUCAUUUUCUUGCUCAAUUCACAAAUUCUCCCAAGAAAAAGAGAUAUUAUUAUGUCUAGUUCUAUAUGUUUCUCCCCUCUUAUCUCUUGCAAACCCCCAAGCAAACCAGGGGUUAUUAUUGGAUAUGGUAGUGCUUUGAAAGUACAAUGGAUGAAUGAUGUUACUCAGAACAAUAGAAUUGCCACAUUUCAAACUCUGGAAGUUAAGGCUGCAAACACUAAUCCUGACACAAAAGCAAAAACAAUAGUCUGUUCUAAGUGUGAGGGAAAUGGUGCAAUAGUGUGUAAGCAGUGUGAGGGUAAUGGAGUUAAUUCCAUCGAUCACUUCAAUGGGCGAUUUAAAGCUGGUGGAACAUGUUGGCUUUGCAGAGGUAAAAAGGAAAUUUUGUGCGGAGAUUGCAAUGGAGCAGGUUUUCUUGGGGGAUUCAUGAGCACAUUUGAUGAAUGAAAGGCUUAUCAUCAAGACGCAAUUGUAGAUUGUCAUUGUAAUACUCUGGCCAUGUCGCAUACUAGUAGGUUUGUCCUGUGGUUAUUACUCCCAUUCGGAAAUGAGAUUAUACAGUGUAAGAUUGUAUUCUAAUGUUACCAGUUUUGAUUACAUUA